UCAUUGGUUGGUUCUGUAUGACGCGUGGUCUGACCACGCCCCCCCUGCCUAGACAACAACAUGGCUGCUGAGGAUCUACCGUCUGAAUUUGACGUCGUCAUUCUGGGCACAGGGCUCGCUGAGUCGGUGGUAGCGGCGGCUUUCUCCAGAGUCGGUCAGAGAGUUCUUCACCUCGACAGGAGGAGUUAUUAUGCAGCUAACUGGGCGAGCUUCACCUUCAACGCUCUGCUCACCUGGAUACGGGAGCACCAGGAGGAGUCUCAGCUUGAGGAGGUCCAGGAUUGGUCGAGCCUGUUGGAGGAGGGGGAGGAGCUAAUCUACCUGAAAAGAGACUCCGCCUGCAUCACUAACCUGCAGGUGUUCUGCUACGCCAGUGAGGAAGAGGAGGAGGAGGAAGCUCCAACCACCACAGAAGAAGAACAAGGAGCAGAUGAAGAAGUUAAAGAAACGCCAGAGACAGAAUCUGCAGGUAUGAUUCUAAAUAAAACUAAAAACCUGUCUGGGACGCUGCUCCAUUCGUCCCUGAAGAGGCCUUCAAACAGUCUGAUCCAGCAUGAGGGAGGUGGUCUGGGGCCGUUGUUCCCUCAGGUUGCAGAGUCUGUCCUCAGAACUCUGCUGCAGAUUUUCCACUAG